AUGACUUUGCUAGCCUUGGCCGCCUGUAGCUCUGCAGGAAAGCGAAACUGCUGCCACGGCCACAGCAGAUCAUCUCAUGGAAGACAAGUAUAUAUUGAACCCAACCAAAAUUCGGCAAAUCUCCCAGAGUCACUAGAAAUAACGCAUGAUAACAUAACCUACCGCAUUUUUCUAUCAUUAGACAGCCAAAAGUGUUUCAAAUGCAAUAGACAAGGACAUAUAGCUUCCCAGUGCCCAUUUUCUACCCAACUGCAAACAAACAUAAUAGAAACACCACCACAGUCUACCAAUCAACUGGAAACGGCAAACACUCAACAAGUAAACGAGCAACAAAUAACCACAGCAUCAAGUCAUGAACCAGCAACAUCUCAAUAUACAACCAACACACAAGAAGCAGAGGUUCAAAGCCAUAUCAAACCCAUUCAAACAGAACAACAAAACACAGUUGCAUUACAUGAUUUAACCUGUAAUAACCAAACGGAUACACAAACCAGCACAUCCUCCAAACGAAAUUUCUCAGAAGCAAUUUCGCCGACCACACCAAUACAUGAUCCCUCAUCAGACCUCACAAAUUCCCCUAUAUUUCCAAAACCCAAAAACACAAGAAUAAAGAAACAAAAGACAAAUAGUCAGCCGUCAUAUAUCUCUCAAGAGGCGUAUGAAGACGUUAAAACAUUCAUAGAUGCCCAAACCCCUGCUUUUAUCUUGAAUAGUGACCAAUUCAAAAGCCUCCUAGAAAACACUCACGGAACCCAUAAUAUAAUGAGCAUAAUCCAAGACUACACAGAUUACACUAAAGGGCUCAUUGAAAUGAUACUACUGGUGUACCCUCACAUAGCAGAUAGAGCAGUGAAAAACAGAUGUACUAGACUACGGAAAAAACUAGAACGAUAUACUGACAAUAACAUUAACGAAUGUCUCAGCGACACCUCUUCAAUGGAUUCCACAACAUAUUAA